UUUUUAUGUUGAAGCUUGUGUUUGUGUCAUAGGGAGCGUAAUUGGACGUUGGAACGUUGUUAUCACUGAGAAAAUCAGCCUUCCGAGCAAAUUGCUGUGAGUAUUAUAUGUGAAAAUGACAGCCAAUGACAAUGUGGAAAUGAAAUACCUAGAUCCGAGUCAGGGAGAGGGAUAUGAUUCAACUGCUGCAACAGCUGUUACAGUUGAUGAUAAUGUCCCUCUGGUUGGAGCCUCUAGUCCGGGAACUGGAGCAGGACCAAGUGGACAACCGGCCAAAAAGAAAGGCUUAUUUGCCAAAAAGACAACAAAAUUCAACCCAGCCAGCUUCUCUACAACAAAGAACGUGUCCGCCGGAUUGACCGAUUUUGCCCUAUUAACAAGAAACUGCACCAGUCUUCGUAGUUUGGUCAUAGCCGGUGCAGCUGGCCACAUGUUCUUCUGGGCAGUAUUCACAUUUUUGGUUCUCUCAAUUGUACUACAAGUCAUCAAUGGUAUUUUGAGCUUGGUUGCCAUGGGGAAGAACAUGGAAGAUGAGGAGGAAAAGGAGGAGGCCAAUGAUUUGAAUAAGGCUUCUGGGGUCAUAAGUUUUUUUAUUAAUGUAGUUAAUGUUGGUAUAAGUGGAUUCAACUAAAGCAGUGUAACAACCACAGCUAGUCUAGAAGACAUUUCACAUGCAUACAUUAGAACAUUCCAUAUUAUGCUCAUACAAAAUGUUGUUAUGACCACCGCUUUAAAUUUGCAUAAUUUGGUCAAAUAUCUGAACUAAAUGGUGGCUCUUCAUCGGAAACGAGUUUGUAGUAUUGGGUUUUCAUGUGAAUAGGAAAGUACAGGACAUAUUCAACAUUCAUAGCAGUUGUAUUUGAAAUUCGUUUUUAGGUGAUUUGGAAAUAGCUUUAAGAAGGUAUUUAAUCCUUUGUAUUACAACUGAAUAUUAUAAUAAUAAUUAGCCAGGAGUGUAUGAGAUAGCCAUAUAUAAUUGUGGUUUUCAGUAAAUAUGAAUUUAAAAAUCUGCACAACUUAAAUAAAUUUUAUUUUAAGAUAGCUCUUAGGGAUUCUUAGUAAUUGUCAAAAAUAUCAAGGCGACAAAAUAAAAGUACAGCAAUUAAUAAUUAUUUGACGUUGAUAGUAAGAUGUAAGCAUUUGUAAAAUUAGACAAUAGGUUUAGACAUUUCUGCAGGUCAACCACUAAAAUUAUAACAUUUACAUGUUAAGACAUUAACAUAUUUGUUUCCUGUAUAUUUUAAUUCGAAUGCACGGUUUCUAAUAUGUUACAAAGUAUUAUCAUUGCCAAUAAAGUACAAGAAUGUGGCUUGUAUGGAGGAAUGUUUGCUUGUUUGGGGAGGAAUAGCAUGAAAAUGUAAAUUAAUAAAAUUGUUAGUUAAAAUGAAAUGUUAGAGUACAAUACCAUAUAUCGAUAUUGAAAUUAGCCCUCUAGAAAACCACGAUUGAACAAAAGAAUUAUUGUAGCAUUAGGGCAAUGAUAAAAUGGAUGAAAACGAUUUUUGUGUGUUUGAUAACAUACUAGACCAAUUGUAAUAUGAAUACAUAACAUAAUACUGUAACAUUGGAUAUAAUAAUGGAUGUUAUAUUUCUUGAUGGAAAGGUUAAAGUUGUAAAAUAAAUGUUGAAAACUGCA